CACCCAAACGGGAGAAGAGUACUCUUGGACCCUCAAGCCUUCUGAGGCGGCUCAGUGGGUAGGAGUUGGAUGAACUUGGCUUGGAGGAUAGUCCUAGAGCAGUGUGCUCUUGGGUAAAUCAUUUGGGUUCUGAACCUCUGUGUACUUGGGUCCUCCUUCCUCCCAGGAUUCUGCAACAUAGCAAGUGAAGUGCCUGGUACAAGGGCAACGAUAUGGACCAAAUUAUAUUGCAAUAUCAUGUGCAUGUACAAAUAUUUAACAACAUUCCACUAAGGAAUAAUUCUAAUGUGGCAGUAAAAUAUGGAAAAACAUAAUAGCAUAACAACAACAAAAGUACCUGGUACAGUGCCUGACUUACUGUAGGAGAUGGACUAUUUAUCACUGUGCCAAGGAGCAGAGAAGGGAAAGGUCCUCAGUGAACAGGGGGUUAGGCACGGAGUUAUUAGGGAGGGAGCAGAAACCCGAGACCCCAGUGGGCUUGGAUUACUAAAACUGCAGGCCACCUGCUCCCACCUGGAGCAAACUCGAGUUAGAAGGAUAGGGGUGGCAGGUGACAAGACCAAGCCCUCCCCAGAGCGCCUGAAUGGACCAGCCCCCAGUGACAUCACAAUCCUAAGUGGUUGCCAGGACGCUGCUGGAGGUGGGCUCUCAUUUCUCCUUCGGGAGCUCUAGGAUGUGGAUGUGAGAAAGGAAGGCAGAUGGCGACAAAGAACAGCCCUAGCCCCAUGCCCAUGGGCACUGCCCAGGGGGACCCGGGAGAGGCAGGAACCCUGCCAGGUCCUGAUGCCAGCAUUCGGGACACAGGUUCGACUGCGCAGCUGAAGAUGAAGCCCAAGAAGGUGCGCAAGAUCAAGGCCCUCAUCAUUGACCUGGGCUCCCAGUACUGUAAGUGCGGCUAUGCCGGAGAGCCCAGGCCCACCUACUUCAUCUCCUCCACCGUGGGCAAGCGCAGUCCCGAGGCGGCUGCCGACGCAGGCGACACCCGCAAGGAGACCUACGUGGGCCACGAGCUGCUCAACAUGGAGGCGCCCCUGAAGCUGGUGAACCCCCUGAAGCACGGCGUCGUGGUGGACUGGGACUGCGUCCAGAGCAUCUGGGAGUACAUCUUCCACACGGCCAUGAAGAUCCUGCCCGAGGAGCACGCCGUGCUGGUCUCCGACCCUCCGCUCAGCCCCAGCAGCAACCGGGAGAAGUACGCGGAGCUCAUGUUCGAGACCUUUGGCAUCCCUGCCAUGCACGUGACCUCCCAGGCGCUGCUGUCCAUCUACUCCUACGGCAAGACCUCCGGGCUGGUGGUGGAGAGCGGCCACGGGGUCUCGCAUGUGGUGCCCAUCUCUGAGGGCGACGUGCUGCCCGGCCUGACCAGCUGCGCCGACUUCGCAGGCAGUGACCUCACCAACUACCUGAUGCAGCUGCUCAACGAGUCGGGCCACAAGUUCACGGACGACCACCUGCACAUCAUAGAGCACAUCAAGAAGAAGUGCUGCUACGCGGCUCUGCUGCCCGACCAGGAGCUCUGCCUGGGCCUCAACGAGCUGCGCGUGGACUACGAGCUGCCCGACGGCAAGGUCAUCACCAUCGGCCAGGAGCGCUUCCGCUGCGCCGAGAUGCUCUUCAAGCCCUCCCUGAUGGGCAGCCACGAGCCAGGCCUCCCGGAGCUCACGGCCGCCUGCCUGGGCCGCUGCCAGGACACUGGCUUCAAAGAGGAGAUGGCCGCCAACGUGCUGCUGUGCGGCGGCUGCACCAUGCUGGAUGGCUUCCCCGAGCGCUUCCAGAAGGAGCUGAGCCUCCUCUGCCCCGGGGACAGCCCUACGGUGGCUGCUUCUCCUGAGAGGAAGACUUCCGUGUGGACCGGCGGCUCCAUCCUGGCCUCGCUGCAGGCCUUCCAGCAGCUCUGGGUCAGCAAGGAAGAGUUCGAGGAGCGGGGCAGCGCUGCCAUCUACAGCAAGUGCUGA